AUGUCUAAGGAUCAACAUUAUCAAACGGUUAUAACACCAACGAAGAAAACAUUAAGGAGAAAGCCUCCUCCAAGUGCUGGUACCUUAAACUCCACGAUUGUUGAUGAUUCACUGCCACGAUUAAACUCAUCACCAUCAAUUCCUCCGCGUCCAAAUAAAGGAAAGUUUCAAAAUCAAGGUUUAUCAGUGCAUACUAAUAUAGUUCAAAAUGAGGACUGGGAUUACAGCUAUGCUAACACAAGCGCAGAUGAUCCCUUAAUAUAUUUCGAAAGCCCGAAGCCUAUGGGACCUAAAGAACUUCCUGAUUAUAACUCACCGUUCGUUUCAUUUUCUAAUGUUGCAUCCAAGACGGCAAACACACCACAGAAGGAAUUACCAUAUCCAAUAGACCCAGAAAUUAGUUACAUAGAACGAAGUCCACCUUAUCCUGUGGAUGAAUUUGAAGUCAUGGAUAUGGAAUUUAGUGAUGAGGAAGACUUUACGAUUUCAUCAGACAUAAACAAAGGUUCUACCUAUGGUUCAAAUCUGCCUUUAUUUAAUAGAAGAAGCAGUCAACUCAAUACACCGACCAAGAACAAAUUUUCAUAUCUUGGGCAGAUACCUAUAAGGCAAAGGAAGCUGAUGCCAGUUUUGGCGACUCCAGAAGAACUUAUUCGUCCUGAAACUUUAACAAGACUGCUGGAGAAGUCAAAUUAUAGAUUAGAUCAUCGUGGUUUUCGGUCUCAGCCCACCGAUCUAGACGUGAGCCCUACAUUGACAUACAGAAAUACCAUAAGUGAGCGUGGAAGCAGAUCCCCUUCACCAAAGAAAAUGUACAAGAGAUCGCCAUCCUUGAUGUAUAAUACUGACUAUUUUGAAGAGAACGUCCAAGCUGAAGAUGAUGGUGAAUUUCUUCAGGACAAUCGAAAUAACUACACAGGCGAAUCAAGGUUAUCUGAGAGCCCAAAUAGAUGGACACUAGUUGAGUCUAGCGAUUCUGAGAAAAGUGAAAUACAUACAUAUGAGGAUGACUAUGAAGAUACACCUAUUACCACUUACUUUGAUUAUUCUAUCCUACCUGAAUUACCGUCUGCUAGUGACGAGCCAACAAUUCAACAGCCACUAUAUACAGAUUUCAAAUCUGAUAUAUUUGACAAGCUGUUGGCCAGCGUUUCAAGGAACAGAAGAGAUCACGAUCUUCCACCUGUACCACUAGAUCUCCCACUGUUACCAUUUUCUUCUGCAUCAUUAACAACUCAGCAUUUUACUGCUUGUGAGAAGGUCUGGUCGUUAGGCCAUAUUUUUAGAUGGUGUUUAAUGUUGAAGACCUGGUUGAACGAGCUGUAUAUUACUAAAAGAGAGUUAAAGAAAGCUCUUAUUAAAUUAAUAGUCUUUCAUAAGCCAAACAUGACUCUUGGGUUGAUAGGGCUGAGUGUAGAUCAAAUCAUUCACUCUCUCACCCUAGCAGGUGCCUUCAAAUUUGAAGAGAGGGUUUCCAGUGCUGAAACCAAAAACAAAGCAUCUGACAUCGUCAAAAUAAAACAACAAGAUAGCAAAGUGAUAUUUGAUAGCUGCUCAUAUGUCUCUGGGGUUUUAGUAGAGCUUACGGACUGCUACUGCAGGGAUCACGAUCAUAUGGUUCCUGCGAAUGAAGUGAACAUAAGAUGCUAUUCUUCUCAAUGUUACUUAAAUCAAAUGAUAGAUCACGAAAUUCAAGUCAAGUCUACAAAUAUUCACGAAAUCAUACUUGGUGAGGAUUGGGCUUCACAUUGGAAGUUAACAGCUACUGAUUUGAGGAAAAUCGACAAAGCCACUUCCAAAAAGCAAUCAUUAAUAUUCGACUUAUUGCGACACGAACAGACCUUCAUUUCUAGGGCUCAAUGCUUUGUGGAUGUUGUGGGUCCUGAAUUUGCAAGAGCAGCCAAGCAUUUAGUAUCCAAAGAGGCUAUCUCAGUAGAGAAAUUUGAAGACGAUCUUUUACAAUCUACAAUAAGCUUGCUAAAGAUACAUAAAGAAUAUCUCUUCGAGCCCUUGCUUAAAAUCCUAGUUUCUGAUGGUAAAUUUAUAAAAGGCGUAGUGGGCAUAUCAGAAAUUUAUUUUGAAUGGUCAAGGGCUGUCAAUUCGUCGUUGUUAAAAUACAUCAGUAUAGUUCCAACCAUUGAGAGUCUUCUAAAAAAUGAUUCCAUGAAACGUUGGGUUGACUUAAACGUUCGUAAUAUGAACAAAGUUAAGGAAUUAAAAGUUAAUGGAAAUUUACUUUUUUUGAGUACAUUCAAUUCCAGGUACCAAUCAUUGCCAUUACAGUUAUCUGAUAUUAGGAAUAUGUAUGACUCAGAAGACUCUGAAUAUGUUGAAUUGACUAAGGCGCUCGAGGAAAUCAAGAAGCUCGGAUUUAGAGCUAACGACAUGAAGGUACGAGCCGAUAAUUCUCAUGCUUUAAAGGAAAUUGAGAAGCAAUUGAUUUGGAAGAAAGAUAUUCCUGCUCCAAACAUCAAUUUGAAUUCUGAAAAUAGAAGAUUCAUUUUCAGAGGAAACUUGAUGAGAAAGUCAGAAUUAAGAAUCAACUUAUAUACCAACCAUUUGAUAUUAAUUGAUAAUUAUCUAUUCAUUACUGAAAAGGUAAAAAGCCAAAAACUAGGAUUGCAUAGUUAUAGAGUGAUCGAUAAGCCGAUACCUAUAGAGUUUUUGUUAAUUGAAGAGAAGGAUGCUGUAUCAGACUUAAAUCCGAUUUCAAAGUCGCUUGCUUCGCUGAAUAACCAAGGCAAUCAAAUGAAUGAUGAUGGAGAAACUGAACCAUCAUCCUUCCCCUUUAAAUUGAGGUAUGCUGGCAGAGGAAAGCACUGCACUUUUACCUUUUCAACUAAAUCUGAAAAAGAAAGAAAAGCAUGGAUUAAUCAUCUAUCUGCUGCCAGAACGAGUUUAUGCCGAAGACUUCAACGGUCCGAAUUAUUUGACAUACAAGCUUUAGAUAAUACUUGUUUUGCAUAUGAAUUUGCAAAUCGGGUCACUAAGUUACAAGUAUGCGCUCCCUAUGAUCCUAUCGAGAAGUUCUCUUCAGAUGCAGUUGGUAAAUUAAAGCAGUUCGGAUAUGUUAAAGACUUGUAUAAUUUCCCAAACGCAAAGAGUCACCUUGUAUUUAGUAAGGUUCAAUGUGCUACAGUUUUCAACUUUAGAGGGAGCGAUUUCUAUAUGGUUGGUUUAACAUCUGGAGUUUAUUGUACGGACCUGAGAAAAAGUUGGAAAAAGAUUAUAAACGGUACAGAUAUAAGCAAAAUUUACGUCGAUACGAGUAUCAAUUUACUACUUGUUUUGGGAAAUAAGCACUUGCGCUAUUGCUCAUUGGAUCUGGCUAUCAGUGUAUAUUACGAAAAAACUGAAACGGUUACUUGCAUUUCAAUCUCUAGUGAGACGGUAUCAUUUUUUGAAUUUGGUCCUCAUAAAGGAAUUAACAUGCUUUUUUGUGCGAGGAAGAAGGGAAAUGCAUCCAGUGUCACAAAUUUUAGAGUAUACAUCCCAGAGACCGAUAACGAUGGGGUAUUCAAUGCAUUUCGAACAGUAAAGACCUUUUCAAUACAAGCAGAUUGUUUUGGAAUAUCUUUAUUUAAUUCCACCUUAGCACUUCAUACUAACAAAGGAUUUGAGAUUUUAGAGCUUGACAAGCUACUCCCUCGACCAAUUCCUGACAUCUCCUCUGCAGAUAGGAAAGUCGACAGUUACAAUAGAAAAAUUAGCCAUAACGGGGUGAACAAUUAUGAUAUAAUAAAAAAGCACAUCAGUUCUACAGGCAUAAAGGCAAUGGGAAUGUUUAAAUUGAAUAAUAAUACCGAAUUCUUGUUAGUCUAUAACGAUUGUGCCGUUUUUAUCAAUAAAUACGGAAAGGUUUCUAGAAAGUCCAUGCUUCGAUUCGAUUUUAGAGCAAAAUCCGUGACGUUUCAAAAUAACUUUUUAUUUUUGGUGUGUGAAGAGAACAUAGAAGUAUGGUCCAUAAGCGAUUUCAUACAUGGAAGUAAUAGACUCGUACAAGUUAUUCUCGGAAAAGAUAUCAGCAAGAUUGGUACUGAUGAUGGCUCUUUAAUUUUUAAAAUGGCAAAUCCUAAAGUUCUAGGGUUGCAGCUUAUCCUAAAAUUUUGUGAUAAGCACCGUAACGUAACAUAA